AACAACAAAUUCACUUAAUAUUUGUGCAAUGGCUACAAAUCAAGAAGAGGUGACACUUAUAGGAGUUGUUGGAAGCCCAUUUGUAUGUAGAGUACAAAUUGCUCUGAAAUUGAAGGGAAUUGAAUACAAAUUUGUUGAAGAAGAUUUGGCCAACAAAAGUGAUCUUCUCCUCAAAUCCAAUCCAGUUCAUAAGAAGGUUCCAGUCUUUGUUCACAAUGAUAAGCCCAUUUCAGAAUCUCUUGUGAUUCUUGAAUAUAUUGAAGAAACUUGGAAUCAAAACCCCAUUUUGCCCUCUAGUCCUUACCAAAAAGCCGUGGCUCGAUUUUGGUCCAAGGUCAUCGACGAUAAGAUUGUGGCGCCUUUUUUUAGAGCUGUUUAUGCUGUUAACGAUGAUGAGAAAGUGCGUGAGAAGAAUAUCGAAGAAUCAUCUCAGGCUCUUGAGUUUCUUGAGAGUGAGUUGAAGGACAAGUUCUUUGGAGGAGAAGAGAUUGGUUUUGUGGAUAUUGCUGCUGUUGUCAUAGCUUUUUGGGUUCCUUUGGUUCAAGAUAUAUCAGGGUUGCAAUUGUUUACUGCUCAAAAGUUUCCAAAGCUUUACAAUUGGAGCAAAGAGUUUCUCAACCAUCCAAUUGUGAAGGAACUUGUGCCUCCAAGAGAACCUCUUUUUGUCUAUUUCAAAGCUAAAUAUGAUAGCCUUGUUUCUUCUUCAAAAUAGAUUCAAAAAUUGAAGUUUCAGUACUGUUUUUAUCUGUCAUUGAGUUAUUUCUGUUAGGAUUUCAUUUCAAUGUCAAGUUUUGGUUUUUGGAAUUUUUCCUUGAGAUUGAAAUUCUAUAGUGUAUUUUUUUCCAUUUGUCAUAUUUCUAUCAAUAAAGAAAAGGGUUUCUAUA